AUGCAUCGACUUAACAACGCCAAAUGCGAACUCAUGGUCAAUCACAUCUGGUCUCAGCAGGCACAGAAUCUUUGGUUCACUGGAGACGAAGACGAGGGUGUGGUCAUCAAGGCAGGACGCGACCAGUACGUGUGUUGCCCUCCAGACUUGCGAAGACCUGAUGGCUUCUUUGAAGCAAUUCAGGCCUUGAACGUCAAGGUAAGUUCCUAUCAGUCCGUUUCAUCUAUACACGAGACUAAGCGAUUAUCANNGAGCGCCAUGACGGUAAACACACGCGUAAUCAAGAUUCUCGUUCAAGACAGCGAUCAGAGCUCUAUUCCCAUCGGCGACGAUCUUCGUAUCCAGGUUCUCCCUGAUAUCUCGUAUCUGAGUCGCUGCGCAAAGCAUCAAUUUGCUGCUUUUAUUGCCGACAGAGGCAUAUUGGUAGUGUGGGACGACAAGGCAGAGAACCUUAUUGACCGCGUCGCAAAGAUCGAAAAGGGCCUCAUGCAACUGAUCUGGUCCAUUCGCGCCGAAGAGAAUUACUCGGAGAAGGAGAAGAACGAUAGGGUGUCUGUUCACGAAACGGACAUCACUGCGAGCGAAGAGGAUCUGACAGAGAAACCCCGUCGCAUAGUGCUACUCCACUCGAUCACGACCGCGGUCACUCUCUGUCUGAUCAUCGUUACUCUCGGCGCCGGCUAUAGAAAAAUCGUUCAGGAGAUUGCUCUGGAUAAAAGCUACAUCCGUUUGGCAUUGAUCGCGGUUGCCCCAGUCACCAUAUGGGUCUCAUUUUUCUUCUUCCAGGCUCUCGUUGGCAACAUAUUCCAGAUCUUCGGCCCAAUCAGUCAGGUGCAGAGCAACACCAAGUACUAUUCUGGGCUACCACCAAAGCGACUGCCAACUGGUUCUUCAUUGCCCCACGUCACAAUCCAAUGCCCGGUCUACAAAGAGGGCCUGCAGUCUGUCAUCGCCCCAACGGUGUUUUCGAUCAAAGCUGCCAUCUCGACGUAUGAGAUGCAAGGCGGGACCGCAAACAUCUUCAUCAACGAUGAUGGCAUGCAGUUACUGUCCCGUGAAGAAUCUCAAGCUCGUAUGGACUUUUACGAAGAACAUAGUAUCGGAUGGGUGGCUCGACCUCGUCAUGAUCCGAAAGGAGAGCACAAUGAGGUUCCAUUCAUUCGUCGCGGUAAAUUCAAGAAGGCUUCGAACAUGAAUUAUGCUCUGUGGGUCAGUAACCGUAUCGAGGAAAAGAUGAUUGACCCAAGCCCGAGACCAGAAUACUGGACUCAACAGGAUGAAGCUGGCCUGUACGCCCAAGCGCUCGAGGAAAUCAUUGAAGAAGACGAGAACCGUACCUGGGCCGACGGCAAUGUUCGCAUGGGCGACUUCAUCCUCCUCAUCGAUUCUGACACGCGAGUACCAACUGAUUGCCUGCUCGACGCAGUCAGCGAAAUGACGCACUCACCACAAGUGGCCAUCAUCCAAUAUUCUUCCGGAGUCAUGAACGUGACGGAUAAUUUCUUCGAGAAUGGCAUCACGUUCUUCACGAACAUGGUGUAUACACAGAUCAAAUACGCGAUCGCAAACGGUGAUGUUGCGCCAUUCGUCGGACACAAUGCCAUCCUCCGCUGGUCUGCAGUACAAGAUAUUGCGUACGACUGUGCAGACGAUGAUCGCGAGAAAUACUGGUCCGAAUCCACUGUAUCUGAAGACUUUGACAUGGCUCUACGCUUGCAGUCCGAGGGCUAUCUCGUGCGAUUUGGCGCUUAUACAGGAGACGGGUUCAAAGAAGGUGUUUCGCUCACCGUGUACGACGAGCUGGCUCGCUGGGAAAAGUAUGCCUUUGGCUGCAGCGAGCUAUUGUUUCAUCCAUUACGUUUUUGGAUAUUCAGAGGACCCUUUACGAAACUGUUCCGCGAUUUCAUCUGCUCGGGGAUGCCACUACCAUCGAAGCUUACCAUCUUGUCGUACAUCGGGACCUACUACGCCAUUGGCUGUGCAUGGCUCCUCACCCUACUCAACUACUUUAUCGUCGGCUGGUACAAUACCGUCCUCGAUAAGUACUAUCUCAACUCCUUUCAAGUUUAUCUGUCCAUCAUUGUGGUAUUUACAGGACUUGGAAACGUCGCUCUCGCCGUCCUCCGCUACCGCAUCGGCGAACAAUCUCUGCUCCGCUCACUGCUCACAAACUUCAUGUGGAUCCCACUAAUGACAGUCUUCCUCGGCGGCUUGUCUUUACACGUAUCUCAGGCCUUACUCUCCCAUCUCGUGGGUAUCGAUAUGAACUGGGGCGCCACAUCCAAAGAAGCUGAGAACACUACCUUUUUCAACGAAGUCCCCAAAGUCAUCAAGAAGUUUGGCUUUACGUUUUUGUUUUGCAUUACUGCGGCAAUUGCUAUGGUGGUGCUUGCUUGUGUGGUUCCUUAUAACUGGAGGAUUGAUCAGUUNUUUGCGAUUUAUCCGCUUGCUACUGUGGUGGUUAGUCAUUUUUUGUUGCCGAUUGCGCUUAAUCCUAGUUUGAUGCUGUUUACGUGGUAG